GACUCAUCUCGCUUGCUCGCGAUCUCGAUUUGAUUCGAUAAUUUCUAGGGUUUUACGAGGGUUUUUCAAAAUCCCCUCCAAAAUCCCACCAAAACCACUCAUUUCCUCAAAAACAAAAUCCUCCUAUAUUCCCUUCCAAAACCCUAUAAAAAUCCAAAAAUCCUUAUCCAGGGAUUCCUCUUUCUUCCGCCAUGGCAGAAAUCCUCUCUCGAACGGCAGCCGAUCCCAUUCCCAGACUCUAGAACGUCUGUCCUGGAUCCAAAUGUCUUUCCUCCGAAAGAGCUGGUUUUUACGGGAACGCUGAGAAGGCGGACGCGACCUGGCUUAAAACCCUAGCAAGGGUUUCAUAUGAAGGAAUUUGAUGUGAUUCAUUGAAAUAUGAGCGAUGGCGGUGGGGAGAGUGGAAGAGAUAUCGACAACAGCGGCAUCACUCACAACAACAGCUACAACAACAGCAACGAGAGCGGCACCAAGAGUAGGGAGGCCCCCUCUGGCAGUGACGAUUUCGGCCGUGCAGUCACUCGUAUCGCUGUCGCGCAGGUCUGUGAGGUUGCAGGGUUCCAGAGUUUCCAGCAGUCUGCGCUUGACGCCCUCUCUGACAUUGCGGUGAGGUAUUUGAGGGAUCUGGGGAAGACGGCCCGCUUCUAUGCGAAUUCAUCAGGAAGGACAGAAUGCAAUGUGUUUGAUGUCAUCCAAGGGUUGGAAGACUUGUGCUUGUUGCAGGGUUUCUCUGGUGCGUCAGAUGUCAACCGGUGUCUUGCUGGUUCCGGCACGGUCCGUGAGAUCAUGCAGUAUGUGAGCUUGUCAGAGGAGAUACCGUUUGUGCGGCCCCUCCCACGGUUCCCCGUCAUUAAGGCCCGGAAGCCGACACCGAGCUUUGCUCAGGUUGGGGAAGUGCCGCCUGGCAAGCAUAUACCUGAUUGGCUGCCGGCCUUCCCUGACCCCCACACUUAUGUUCGCACGCCUGUUUGGAAUGAGCGUGCCAAAGAUCCCUCCACAGAUAAGAUGGAGCAGGCAAGGCAGCAGGCAAGGCAGCGGAGGAAGGCAGAGAGGUCACUAUUGAGUUUGCAGCAGCGGUUGGCAUGCAAUGGUACAGCAGGGCCGUCCUGGGCAGAUGCUGGUGAUGCUGGGAAGGAAAAAGGGGCAUUGGAUGCUAACCCUUUUCUUGCCCCACCAUUGCAGUUUGGGGAGAAGGAUGUGUCUGUGGUCAAUAUUCCUGCUCGGCUUUCAAAUGAAGCGGCUGUAGAGAAUCAGGUUUCUGUGCUUGAGACCUUUGCACCAGCCAUUGAAGCAGCGAAGAGCGGAUUUUCUGAUUCUGGAGAGGGGGAGAGGAAGGUUCUUCCGAACAAGCGACCUGCUGUGCGUUUCGGGUUUGGGAUUGACAAAAAAUCUGUCUCUGUCCCUUUGGGUAUGGGUGCUAAAAACAUGGGUGUUGAGAGAUCAACUUAUUGGUUUGGGAGGGAUGACGAGAAGGAUGACAAGAAAAGGAGAGCGGAGCAGAUAUUAAAGGAAGCAAUGGAAAGCCCACAAGAACUUGCUCAAUUGUAAACUAAUUGGUUGACUUGCCUACGCGAUGAGGAAGUUGUAUUUUUAUCCGGGAAUUGGGUAGCGGUAGUGGGACGUGGCAUCUUGUUGUAAUGGUAUGGAAUUCAACCAGACCGCUGUUCGCGUGUUCGGUAUGGUUUAGUCUUAACGGGUUUCAAGUUUGUAGUGGUCAUUUCCUUAAUAUCAGUUUCACUUCCUAUUAUUGGGCUUUCCAUGAAGUACUUUUAACUUAGCAUUCUUCUAGUUGAUCAAGGUGAGGCAGCUUCAUGUUUCAAUUUGAUGUCCACAUUAGCGGAUAGUGGUGUAUUUUCUCUUUGUCACAACAAUUGCUGAUUAUUACCCAGGUACGGGUGUGUUCUAGAAGAACGAGGCUACUUCAGUCAGAUUAAGUUCAGAGUUGUCAGACUCACAAGAGGUGACAAGGUGCUUUCGACAAUAUAUUCAUACCAGGGUUUCCCAAGCGCAAUUGCUUUUUGUUGGUUAUGUGGGAAAGGCAAUAGGCUCAUUCUCAGUCACCUGAGUAGAUGGUGAUUACACAGAUGUGUCUUUUGCCUUUGGAACACGGAGACUGUACCGUUUGUUUCUGCAUUUUGACUUUACAGGACAGUUUGACGGCAGUACUUCUUACUUAUCGGGCUAGUUGGGUGAUGACUAGGUUGAUUGAGGAUUUUUUGAGGUUUGAAUUGGGGUUCGCUUGGGUUCGAGAAAGUUCUUGUGGAGACUUUCUUUGCUGUGCUCUGGACAGUCUGUAGGAUCAUAAUAAUUUUUGUAACAAAGCAAUUUAACGGGAAGAUGUUCACUAGAUUGCCUAGUGAUUGAUCUUCUUGGUUGUAGAACGACUUGGAAAGUUUGCACUGAUAUUUGUGAAAGCAGGUGUAGGCGAGGACUUGAAUAAUCAGUAUGUGGCUUAAAAAUCUGUACCUGAACUUGAAAAGUGAUGGAGUCGCUCAGUUUUCCAACAAGUGCCUAUAUAGAACAAGUUAGUGAUUACUUUUCUUCCCUAUUUCUAGCAAGAAGUGGAAUAGUAACUUAAAUCCUUUUCCACCUGGAGGGAUAUAGAGAGGGAGAUCAUUUUGGAUUUGAAGUCUUCCAUGUUGAGACAUUUUUUAGUUACCAAAAUGAGGGUUUCAAAUGUCGGAGAUUUUCAACUUUGGAUGGAGAGGGUUUCCUGUUAGAGAUGGAGAGAUGGUUUCCAUUCAUCUCCGUGAGGCUGAGAGGGCAUACAAUAUGGCAAGAGAUAAAAGGGUGAUGAGGUUAUUCAAAGCUAAAAAAUUCCUCAGUCUUGUAGAUAAUUUUCUAUUUUUUCAAUACGUUAAACCGCCUGCCCUAAUUAGGACAAUAUUUUGACAACGAUGAUAGUCAUCACCAUCAUCAUCUCAGCCUUAUCCCAAUUAGUUGGGGUUGACGGUGAAGCAGUGAUUUCAAUAUUUUUAUGACGAUGACAACAAUGAUUUCAAUAUUUAAAACUCCCUUACAAUGUUAUGACAAUGAUGGUGAGUUCAUAUUUGAAACCCUCAUAUAUUCCCAUUUACAUUUUGCUGAUGAUGCGACUCUUUUUGGUGAUGCAAAUUUAACUCAGGUGGCUACUUUUAGAAAUAUCUUGACAUUUUCGAAGCAGUAUCUAGAAAAAUAUUAAAUCUUUAGAAGAUUGGGUAGUUUUUGAGAUUGUUGGAUGCUUCGAAUGCAAAGUAAGGAAACUUCCCUCAAGCCAUUUCGGUUUUCCUUUAGUUUUGGCAAAUCGACCAAAAGGCUUUGCUCGCAUUGGAGAGUGGAAAGGAAAGCAUUUGGCAUGGACAAGCAGGUAUAUUUUCUUUGGUGUAGGGUUACUAUGAUCAAAUGGGCAAUUGUUGAUAUGCUAAUUAAUUUCAUUCUGUAUUUCAAUGCCCGAUUAGUGUGCCAAGCAAAUUGGAGAAAUUUUGUAUCGGCUUUAUGGAGAGGCAUUGGGGGAAAAGCAUAAAAUUUCAUCUGAUGGAGUGGGGAUUAAGGAGAAGUAUGUAAGUCGCAAACAAGGUGGGGCAGGUGUGGGAUCACUAGAAGCUAUGAAUAUUGGAUUGCUUGAUAAAAUGGUUGUGAAGAUAUGAGGCAGUGGGAAACAACUUACGGAAGUAGGUGAUCAUGAACAAACAUGGUGUUAGGGAAGGGUGGUAGUUUGUAAAAAUUUCAUUGCAAUUUAGGGCAACAUGCUUGUGAAAAAAAGGGGCAAUGGAAAAUGCGGAAGCGAUUAUUGUAUGUGGUUUUGGGAAGAUACAUGGUGUGUAAAUACUUCAUUGUGCCAACAGGGGAGACUGUUUGGACUCCUGAGUGAUAUCAUGGACCUCUCAUGGUAAUUGCUUCUAGGUGGCUUGUGUAGAAAGAUGAUUAUAAUGAAUUAAUCACUUAAGAAGCAAGAAGAUGGUGAUUACUGAUGUUCGCUUUGUCUCUAGGUUGUCGAAUCGGCGGAGCACUAUAUUGCUAUUUGUUGUCGUCUUGUAAGUGGAGGUUCUUCAAUCUUUUUGGGUCAGAUUGGACGAUGCUAAGUUGGGGCAUUCUUUAGCUUGGGCAUACUUUUUGGUAAUAGGGAUGAUUUGCUAGGGUGUGUGAGGAAUCCUUUAUGGAAGCUUGCAUUUUUAGCAGGGUUGUAGGUAACAUGGAAUGAACUCGGCUACCAAAUUAUUUAAAAAAGUCAAGAGGUAAGAAGAGUUUUUUCUCUACGGGCCUGUAGAAAUGUCUUAGCAUAGGUGAAAGAAGGUAUACAUUUUUUUAAAAUUUAAAAUUUUUUUCUUCUGAAAGAUGCCUAGUUGAGAGAUGUUUUGGCUUACACAAGAAUGCAAACCAGAGGAGUUACAUAAUUUGUAUUGUUGAUGAUCGAUUUUGUUAGCAUUGAGGUCUUGUCAUUUGCUUCCGUCUCUUGUUUAGGGUGUUUUUUGUGUACUUGUUUUUCCACAAGAGAUUACAUUGGGGAAAUUGUAUAUUGUUUAUUUCAUUGAGAAUGACAAGAAUUUAUAAAAGAGGCGGGAGAUUUGUAGAAG